AUGGCCAUCGAAAACCUCGCUAAUAAAAUCGAAGAAGGCAAGAGCAGGAAGCAUCACGUUCUCUUUCUCUCAAUUGAUAUCAAGGGUGCGUUCGACAAUAUCCAGCACAAUAAUAUCAUCAAUUACCUUCAAAAUACCACCACUCCCACCAAUAUAAAACAAAUGUUUGAAGACCUACUCAAAAACCGAAAAGUCGUCCUGAACACAGCUGAAGGGCCAGCAGUAAGGGCACAGAGGCAGGGCUGCCCACAGGGUUCCUGUAGCGGACCUGCCCUCUGGAACCUAGUGUCAAAUGACAUCUUGCAACAAGACUGGCCCGAAAAUACCACCAUCCAAGCAUUUGCGGACGACUUUGCAAUAGUCACCCAUGCCCCAACAAAAAAAGCAAUAGAAGAUCAAACCCACUCAGCAAUACGUAAAUUUCAAAACUGGGCCAACAAAAAUAGUCUGAAAAUAUCAACUAACAAAACAAAUUUUAUCUUAUUCAGCAAACUUGUAAAAGGCCCUUCCAUUAAAUGGAACGGCAAUAAUAUCAAACGAAAACACGCAAUAAAAUACCUAGGUCUUCAAAUAGAUGAUAAACUCAACUGGAACGCACACCUUCGAUAUCAAGCCACGAGAGCAGCAAUCCUCCAUCAAAACCUGCUCAAAAUAGCAGGGAAUUCCUGGGGAAUUAAAAAAUCCCACAGGAAAACCCUGUAUCUCACUGUCAUCGAGAGGAUGCUGGCCCACGGCGCAGUCAUCUGGUGCCAAGACCCCACCGAGCGGAUGAAGAGGAAACUAGCAGCCAUUCAAAGGCCUUUUCUUCUAGCCAUCUCAGGAGCCUAUAGGACGACCUCAACAGCAGCCCUGCAAACAAUCUUGGGAAUCCCUCCUCUCCACCUCCAACUGCAAAGAGAGGCGAAGGGCAUCUCGCUCUAUAGGCUCCACCACAACAACAACUGCCUCAACUUGGACCCCGACAAAGUUGACAGCAAGAUUACCGGCUGGACCUCUCAUCCCUCGGUGCACCUCCAGGACCGGCAAAUUUCGUUAGAGGACGGAGGAAGCUUCUUCGAAAUCAAUGGAAUAUACACAGAUGGCUCGAAGACAGAAAAAGGCGUCGGAGCAGCCUUCUGUGUAUUCCAAAAUGGAUAUCCUACGACUGCUUGGACAUCCAAGCUGGCCGAAUAUAACACCGUCUUCCAAGCCGAAAUCCUGGCUCUCUACAAGGCGGUCAAUUAUAUUCAGUCAACGUCAACACCAACUACCAUCUACGUUGACAACAAAGCCAGCAUCCAAGCAGCCGCCAAUCCUAAAUCCAAGAAUUGGAAAGCCAGGGAGAUCUUCAAAACCCUGGCCUCCAAUCCCAACAUCAACAUCUCUUGGAUCAAGGCCCACACCGGACAUGCCGGCAACGAAUCGGCGGACCUUCAAGCCAAACAGGCAGCAGAAUCAGAACAGGAUAUUCAGCCAGAGCCAUACCCAAUAUCAUAUGUUAAGUCCACUCUGCGCCAAGCCAUGAUGGUAAAAUGGCAGAGGGAAUGGGACCUCGGGGAUACAGGAAGAAACAUCCACCUCCUAAUCCCCAAGGUCACUCUACAGCUCACACCAUGGAGAAGAGAAGAGAUCCUCUUCUUCACCGGCCAUGGUCCAUUCCCCACCUACCUCAAAAGAUUCAACCUUGCUGCGGAUAACCUGUGUACCUGCGGUGAGGUUGGAUCUCCACUCCACUUUGCCACAGAGUGCAUCUUAACAUCCUCAUUCCACCUGAGGAAACCAUCUGAAAAUCUGAUACAGGAAUGGCUCUCCAGGGUUGCAGGCAACCCCCUCUCAAGGCUGAAAAUCUCUAAACUAGUGAGGUUUCUGCAUGAAGAAUCCGCCCUCUUCCACCAUUAG